CCGAUAUCGGACUGGCAAAACAGUGUUACUAGUAGUACGUUUUUGUCAACGAAAAAUGUACGUACAUAUUGUGUGUCAAAUUUAUCUACUGCUAUAGUAGUAGAUAAAUUUGUACACAAAAAGUGUACGUACAAAUCCUGUGUCAAAAACCUGUUACUAGUAACACAUUUUUGACACGAAAUUUGUACGUACAUAUUUUAUGUACAAAUUUAUCUACUACUUCCAAAUAUCAAUUAACAUUCCUUUUAUUCCUGAUUGAUUACCAUGCGGCCGUAUGUUGACUGCAUCCGAUAGGAAUAUGAGAAAACAAUUAGCCUUUAUCGCAUUUGCACGAGGUAAACCAGACAUAUUUCGGUUUCGAGAUCAUACCUUGUUGCGGCGGCGAGAAGCUACAACAUCAACUUCAUCAUGUGAGUAUAUUACCUUUUCUUUACAUAUUUGUAUUGGCAUGGUUAUUAUUACACCAAUUUGUAUCAGUUUUGUUGUAAAUAUUUGUUUCUUAAGUAUACUAAACAAUUUUUAUCGUUUUAUAACAGGGACUACAUUCCAAUAAGGAAUUCAAAUAUACAGGAUGAUACGAAAAUCUUCUUUCCUGUACCAGCUGACGGAGCUCUUACUUUGAAUGACUUGCGUAGUGCAUUUCCAUCCAUUACAUCUCUGAGAUAUUUAGAUUCAGAAGAUGAAAGACAACAUCAUAUUCUCUGCAGAGAAAACACAUUUUUAGAACCAGUUGAUGGGUGGAAGAAAUCAGGACGUACCUAUCUGGCCGUGUGUGGAUCGAUUGCGCAAGAGAGUUCAAGAUAUGGAGUAUUUGAGUCAUAUAGACGACAGCUGACAGCACGGCCACAACCUCCGCAUUCAACGGCACAGAAAGCACCUGUGAGAUCUCGUGAUUGCAGUACAACUAUGCUGACAGUCGGUCAUGGACAUUUCAAAUCUGGCAGAUUUACUAGGAUUAGUGCAACUAGUUUGUCAUCUUGUGGAGGGCUUGUUGUCGUCGGCCCCUUCUCAACUACAACAAAUACAUCUGAAGAAAUCCGAUUGGCUGCAUAUGAGAAGUUUUGCCGGCAGAACAGAAUGUUUCGUAAAAAAUAUAAAUCAAGCGAUCAACUGUACUUGCUUUUCCCUGAUGGUUCCCGUGUGGAAGGACUUCCAAAUAGGAAGGAUGCAAACUUUUCAAUCAUCGAAUACAGAAAUUUUGUUGACCCAACCAAGCGUUUCGACAGAUUAAGACUGUACUUAUGUGAUAAAGUCAACUUUGAAUUGAGCCAACCCUUCACAAUUUUAACAGAUAGUUCAUCAGACGAAAAUCUGCCAUCUUUAUUGAUGCCAACUCAAAAGAGGGAUACACCUUCACCUGCUACAUGUCAGAAAGAAGCCAAUACAAGCUCUGAUGACGACACAUUACCGCUCGUUAUCGAAGUCGUUUUUCAUCACGAGUCUACUACAAUCAGUGAAACAUUUCCGAAUAAUACUCUGGGAUCUGUGUUGAUUGCAUAUGUCGCGGGACUAGAGAAUUUGCCAGUGUCGUCUACCGUUUUAAGGAUCAAAGAGAGUGAUGUCAUCAUCCAGGCCGAGAAACGUUUAUUUGAGUUGACUGAUUUAUCAUCAACAAUUCACGUAUGCGUCGAACAAAAAACAAUGGGUACCGAUGUGGAAGAAGUUUCCAAUUCAUUACCGAUCCGAGCCAAAUAUGAAACUGAAAAUGAUGAAGAUGUCGUCGCAGAGGGACUGGUGAGGCAUACCCUAAGAUUAAUGGAUAACGUAUCGGAGCCUAAGGAAAUUUUAAGACGAUACCAGAGUGUCUUCCUACAAGGGCGGACAUUAGAUCUUACCUCGGAUGAGGAGACGAUAGAGGGAGAAACCACUCCGCUCUACAUUAGAAGGGUUGAACUGUUCAAAGACGCGGUUGAAGAGCUGAAGUACCAAGAGAACAUCAGAUUGCCGUUGGAAAUCAACUUCUGUGGAGAGGCGGCACAGGAUCUGGGAGGUCCCAGAAGAGAAUUUUUCGCAUAUAUCAAUCAAUAUGCGAAAGACAAUCUCCUGGAAACAUAUCAGAACAAUGUCAAGUUGCGUCAUGUCAAUGAAGAGGCUGUUGCAAGACAGCAUUUCUUCUACGGAGGAUUGUUGAUAGGUCUCGGCAUUAUCGAAGGUGGAGAGAGACCCGAAUUUCUUGACAGCGUCUUAAAAUUCUCUGAAGAAACCGAAGCAAGGACGCAUUUUGUGAAGGGACUCAAAAGAACGGGUAUUUGGCAGCUUAUGCAAAAACGGGGGACACUGAAAUAUCUUUUUCAACCAACACAGGAAGGACACAUUGCUAUCAAUAAAUUUAUUCAAACAUUUGAAGUGCGUUUUUCCGAACAAGGCUCAAAUAAGAGGUCACUAGAGGAAGCAGCUUAUCGAGCAUUCGUGAAGUACGCAAGAGAAGUAUAUGCGGGAAGACGAGAAGGUAUGACUUUAGAGAAAAUUAUGAAAUUUGUAUGCGGAGCUGAAAAGGAGCCUCUUCUGGGUUUCAGCAUGAAACCAACAAUUGAAUUCUCUGCCGAAGGCGUUCUGCCGACUGCUGCUACGUGCAUUUUCAGAUUGUGUCUACCGUUGAACGCCAAUGUUGACUUGUUUGACCUAGCAUUCAUGUCGGGUCAUUUUGGUAUGGUGUAGGCAUAUCUGUACAUUACAUCUGAGCUGAUUUCAAUGUCUUAGUGCACAGUCCUGACAGCGCACUGCUGGUACAUGUAAGGCCUCUAUAGAGAGGAUCGUCUUACAACAGACUGAGUAUUAGAAUACGUUCUCAAUCAAACCAUUGUACUUUUCGAGAUGAUAUUCCUCAUAUGUUUAUAGUAAUAGUAUUACUGAAUAAAAGUAAUUCUAAAUCCUAAACU